AUGGUAAUUAAAGAAAGAAGGAGGAAGCUAAAUAUCCACAAUAUAAGUGACAAUAAGGGAAACAACAUAGAAGGCUACCAGAGCAUAGCUGAUGCUGUAAUAAAUCACUUUGAGGAGCUGUUCAAAGAUGAGGAAAUCAGAGGAAGGUUCAGAAUCCUUGAUAAAGUCCCCCAGGUGGUAACAGAAGACAUGAAUACUAUGGUAAUUGUCAGACCUACUGCUCAAGAGGUAACAAAUGCUAUCAAUAACAUAAAGCCUAAUAGUGCUCCAGGCCCUGAUGGGUUUGGAACAAAAUUCUUCCAAACAUGCAUAGAUAUUAUUCUCCUAGAUAUUCAUAAUGUUGUACUGGAAUUUUUUGAUGGAGCACAUGUACCAAGAAUUGGUAAGAUACUGCCUGACAUUAUAUCUCCUAAUCAAAGUGGGUUCAUCCAGGGAAGAUCCAUUACUGAUAAUGUGUUGCUAGCCCAAGAAUUGCUGUUAUCUAUCAUGCUUAAUAAGUUGAUUGUUGAUGAUAAUUAUUCAGGUUACUAUAGACCCAAGAAAGGACCAAGUAUCACUCAUUUGGCCUUUGCUGAUGAUAUCAUAAUCUUCACAUCAGGUAAACCUUCAGACAUCAGAAAAAUCUUGAAGUUGACAACUAUCUAUGAAAAUGUUUCAGGUCAACUGAUAAAAGAAAAUAAAAGCUGUGUAGCUUUUGCUUCUAAGGCCAAUCUAAAAGUAAUUCAUAGAUUGACCCACCUUACAAAGAUGAACAGGAAAGAGUGGCCAUUAAAAUAUUUGGGAUGCCCUCUCUUUGUAGGAAGGAUGAAAAUCAACUACUUCUCUGAAAUGGUGAAUUCUAUAACUAGCAGAAUUCAAUCCUGGCAUGCAAAAUUUCUCUCUAAAGGAGGUAAAAUAGUUUUGAUCAAACAUGUGCUUUCAACCAUGCCAGUGCGCUUACUGGCAGUCAUGAAGCCUCCAAAGGGUACCUUUGAACAGAUACAAGGUGCUAUGACAUGA